GGCAGCCUCGCUGCUCCCGGGACGCGUGGGCCCCCAGCCGUGAGGGAGGGGCCGGUACCCCGCGGGCGGCUCCCGGGGAGAAAUGCGGCAGCAGAUGCCUAGCUCGGCUGCGAGGCGGAGUUUUGGGCCGGUGUUUCCCUCCUGGCUUCUCCGAUGGGGCUGUAGUUCUACAAUAUCAGAAUGUUCUAAGCCUCUUUCAAGCUGCUCAGACUGGGGAACUAGAAUUGAAGAAGGCAGAGCAAUGAGGACAUCAAAUAAAAAAAUGACAAAUUCCGUUUCAAAUGAUUCCCCUAAUCCAGUGGAAAGGGAAACCGAUGAGGUGGUUCUAAGGAGAAGGCAAAAACAGAUCAAUUUUGGAAAGAACACCCUCGCGUAUGACAGAUAUAUUAAAGAAGUGCCAAAGAAUCAACGAAUACCAGGAGUUCAUCCGAGAACUCCCAACAAAUUUAAGAAGUACAGCCGCAGAUCCUGGGACCAGCAGAUCCGGCUGUGGAAGAUAGCACUGCAUGCCUGGGAUCCUCCUGAAGAAGAAACCUGGGAUCUGCAGCCAGUUAGUACAGAACCUUCAAGUAGUUCCCAAGAAUGGGUCUAUAAAGAUCAGGAGGACUCUGGCUGCCCAGGAUUUGAUGAAAAGCAGAAGAGAAAUGAAUGUGAAAAUCAGUGCAAACAGACAGACUAUGCAUCAGAAAGUCCCUGUUCUCUCGAUUCUUCUCCAGUAUGGAAACGCAGAAAACGAAAUAGUACUGACUCCUCUACAGGCUCAAAGGGCAAAAACCAUUACGUGCAUCUGUAUCACGCACUGGAAGGUCUUACUGAAUCGGGACAUCAGGAGGUUUUUUCACGGUGUUCAGAGUGGGGAACCUCAGGUGAAAAUGAUGAAAUAAUGACAAUACAACAUGGUACAGAAGUAACAAGUGACCAGGUUCCAGACAGUUGUUCUUCAGGAUGGAAUGAUCAGAAACAGAAAAAAUCCAACCUUCUACAGGACAACAAAACAUGCAGAGACUCAGACUGCAGGCUUGAGAGGCUUAAACUUUGCAGCAGUUUAUUGGAAGAACAUCAGUCAGAAUACCCUGAGAGGGAUGGGGAAGUGCAAGUGUUGAAAUAAUAAGGAGAAAAAAUCUAAGUUGAAAGUCUUUCUUUGUAUGUAGAAAUAUCAAAGAAGAAAGACUUUCUCCUGUGACACAACGAUUUGAAGGAUAGGAAUAUAUUCUGGGAUCAGCUGAUCAAGCCUUGGAAGACUGGUGCAGUCUCAUAACUUCUGCCCUGAAAGAGGAAGAGAUUUGCAGUCAGCAUAUGUGUAAUCAACGUAAGGUGAAAUGUGCAGGUUUCUCCAGAGCUUUAAGGAUAGAUAGGCUUCUGCAAGCUUUGCCUCGAAUGUGAAACUUUGGAUUUCAUUAAGCCUGGGCUAAGAUGAUGGACGUUCCCUAAAGCUUUUGUGAGAAUGUUUCUGCUUUAUCCGAGUUAGCAGGUGCUAUGUGCCUCAUUGUAAAGGCUACUUGAGUUUUUGGAUUCUGCUUUUGCCAUUUGGACAUCAUGCUACGUACAGUGCACUAAUGUUAUGCUGGUGUGUUGGUCCAAUAUUGAGUCAGAGUGAAGAACGCCACCUCUUAAACCAAGGAGUUAAGUCCUUUUUCCUCUACUGGACCAGAAUUAUAUAUCCAACCUGAAGAACUACUUCAGAAGAAGAUCAUGUAUAUGAAGCUAGCAGAUCAUGUAUAUGAGUCUGCUUAAUCCUGGUGAGACAGGAGAAAAGAAAAGGUUUAUCAAAAUCAGCCCCCUCUCUUUGAGGGGAUGAGUGACUUAACUACAACACAGCUUGAAUACCUCUUGAAUACCUGGAUUUUACUUUUAUACCUGUUACUGCCUCACCCAGAGAGCCAAGCUGCUGUCAGUAGAGGAGGAUGAAUUCAGUGGCUGCUGUUGCUACAGAAAUAGAGGAAAACAGCGCUAUUUGCAGACUCGGAGCAGGUGGCUGCUCUUGGAUGAGGGGUGUCCUUGCUGAGGGCUACUGUGUUCACCUUUGUUCUAUCUGUCUAGCAUUGUACUUAGAUGCUCAAUGUGAGUGUGCUGGCUACAGCGGAGUUUAGACCAGAUUCAUGUGUUAGAAGAAACUUUUACAAUCCUUAUCGUCUUUUUUUUUUUUUUUUUUUUAAUGUAAAAUGUAGUAAAACACAAAUGUCUCUUAGCACUGGGCAUUCUCACUGCAGUAGUUUAGCUUUGCCAUUGUUGCACUUUGUCUUCUUGCAAGGCCACUGCAGAAACUGUGUCAGUGCCAGUGAUCAUAUGCAGCAGCCUUGCUGCGGAAUGAGCUGUGUACAUAAGGGCCGAAGACUGUUACGCUGUUGAAGUUGAAGCAAAUUGCUUCCCGAGAGACUAUUCCCAGUAUCUCCCAAAACAUAACUUCUACUUGUGUUACUCAGACCUUUCUCAAGUGAGCUUUGAGAACUGCUGUGCUGCUCUGGGUUUCCAGGUAUGUUGCAAGUCGUCUUACACAUGAACAACACUGUAUAAAAUACACUUGCAGGAGCAGUAGCUUGCCUUCAUCAAGGACUGCCGUAUGUGCAGAAAUUCAUGACUGCAGUUAACUACCACAAAUUUGACAGUUCCCAGGGAAGAUCAACAUUUCAGAGUAUGUAGGAGGGGAAUUUGUGCUACCGCUUUUAACGGAAAAAAAAACAGAAAAAAGGUAGCCCUAGUUACAGCUACCACUCAAUAGUAAGAAUGUCCUUUUUGCUGUGUGUGCUCUGCUUACACAAACCCAGGAGGAGGGCAAGGCCUCUAACUGAAAGUCAAGUCAGUUAAGGCAUUGUGAGGGUGAGGAGAACUGCCUGCAGGUUGUGACUCCUCUCCUAGACUUUUCCUGCCGCUCUCGGCACUUGUCCAACUCUGCCUAGGCAUGGUGUUCAGCAGUACCCUAGCGCAGUGGUGGCUCGCUUGUGUGUCGCAGACUUCAGAGCAUGGAAUGUGUUUAUACAAGAAACAGAUCUGUACAGCACCUUUUUAAAAAGUAAUAUGUAGAGCCUUGUUGUUCCAGUGUGCAUGUGUAUAUGAUGUUUGUAAAUAAAUAUUUUAAAUCUUU